UUUCCAAAAUGAAGAAGAAGGUUUUGUUGAUGGGCAAGAGCGGGUCGGGCAAGACCUCGAUGCGCUCAAUCAUCUUUGCCAACUACAUUGCGCGUGAUACUCGCCGUCUCGGAUACACCAUCGAUGUCGAGCACUCGCACGUGCGCUUCCUCGGCAACCUCGUUCUCAACCUCUGGGAUUGCGGCGGUCAGGAGGCCUUCAUGGAAAACUACUUUGCCAGCCAGCGUGACAUUAUCUUCCGAAACGUCGAGGUCUUGAUUUACGUGUUCGACGUCGAGUCCCGCGAGCUCGAGAAGGACAUGCACUACUACCAGACCUGUCUCGAGGCCAUUCUUCAAAACUCGAAGGAUGCCAAGAUCUUCUGCCUGUUGCACAAGAUGGAUCUCGUUGCCGAGGAUCAGCGCGAUUUGAUUUUUGCCGAGCGCGAAACCGAGCUCAAGUGCCGAUCUCUGCCGCUUGAAAUCACCUGCUUCCGCACUUCGAUUUGGGACGAGACCCUGUACAAGGCCUGGUCAUCGAUCGUCUACUCGCUCAUUCCCAACGUCAGGCAGCUCGAGGAUCACUUGCAGAACUUUGCCGAAAUCAUUGAUGCCGACGAAGUUGUGCUGUUUGAGCGCGCCACCUUCCUGGUCAUCUCGCACUCGACGCGCAGGCAACAUCGCGACGUCCACCGGUUUGAAAAGAUCAGCAACAUUAUCAAGCAAUUCAAACUUAGUUGCUCAAAGUCCCAGGCGCAGUUCCAGAGCAUGGAAGUCCGCAACGCCAACUUUGCCUCAUUCAUUGAUUUGUUUACAACCAACACUUACGUCAUGGUGAUUUCCGCCGAUCCUUCAUUGCCCGCUGCGGCCACUCUGGUCAACAUUCAAAACGCUCGCCAGCAUUUCGAGAAGCUCGAGGGCCACAACCAAUAAACAAAACACGCAAAAGGUUUUUUCUUUUCUCCAGUCGACGCUCUUGGCUGGUUGGCGGGUCAUCUUCAUUUGUGAGGCGUCUUGCGGGCCGGUUCAAGAGCAGUGACACGGUGCUGUGUUACCGACCGCUCUGCUCGUGUUUGUGAAUGGCUUUUGUUCAUUUUUGUGCGAUUGUUGUUUUGUUUUCUUUUUCCAUAAAUCCUCCUGUUAUUGCAUGCUCC